AUGGCAGUCGCUAUAGCCUAGGUGAGCAGGCAUGUAAGAGACGUAUGUGCAUUUUUUCUUAUUGUAGUUUUUAUAUCCCGAUAAACGUGAUCGUAAACGGGCGGUCCGUAGUAAUACUUCAGGGCAUUGGCGAGUAGCGGUCUCCCAAAGCAUGUAUAUUUAAUUAGAUGACACUUGAGGUGGACGCCCGUUAGAGUUCUCCCAGAUAGGUGGGUGGCUAAUGGCCUGUGAUUAAUUGCUAUGGGACAGAUUUUGUUCAUGUAGCCCAUAUCUGCUGAUACGGCGGUUUUCAUUUUCUCUGAUCACUGCCAGAGAAUCAAAUUCUCCUCCGCGAAACAGUUUUCAGGGGACUUGCGCGGUCCUCCAGCAGCUAGCAGUAUAUCACCGCCCAGGCAGCGCUCGCAUUAUUUCAGCGGUGUGAUAUCUAAAGCCGCGGCAGCGGCAGCGCCACAAGAGCUCUGCUGCUGCAGCGCUUUCAAACCCGCGAAGAAGCGGAGGCGGACUUAAAAUAGGCUACAAAAUAUACUCCACAAUUAAGUGGUACUAAAAUAAAAUAUUUAGACAUUUUAAAUCAUUCUGAUCAUUCUGGAGAGAAAAAUUGGACUGAAGGAGACUCUACAGAAACGGGCAUAUGAACAUGACAGUAACAUUCGCGAACUGUUGAACAAGGAUUUGUGAGACGAUGUCACUUCACGCUUUAAAAUCCCAGGGAUCUGCGUGUAAUGCCGAAUGCCUAACUGUAGCCUACUUGUCCUGCAACAAAGAGACGUGGAUGAAUUUUGCCUGCUUUGUUUAAGCUAGCAGUAGGCAAAUUGCCGGGCGAUUUACUAAAAAAAACUUUGAAUAUUAAAUAUAAAAGGGAAAAACGCGUACAGAAUUCAAAUCGUUCUUAAGACAGGUAGCAGGUGGUUGAGUGGGACAAGGAUCUUUGGACAGAAGCCGCCCGAGAAACAAGUUAACCAAGAUUUUCUAUAUAGCCUAUAAUAUUGGCGGUAGGCUGGUCUAAUCAGCUAUUCGUUGAACUAGCAGCAGUUUUCUCCGUGACUUUUGCAUUCGCUUUUGGAUGCUUUUAUUUUCAAACACACUCUGGGGGCGUUGAAUUCACCGCAUAGAUUUAAUACUGCAUCCUCCGUCCCAGCGGGGGAGUAGGCUACGAUAUGCUCAUACCAGUCCUCCUCAAUGCGUGGAAAUCGCAGACUAAGUACGGUGGUGUAACAGUGGUUUCCUAUGGUAUACCGCAUAGAGACUAAUUUUCUGCACCGUACGACGGCGGCUCCGAGGAGAAAGUUGGAAAAGGGGGAGAGAAAAAAAAAAAAAGACCCCGCCGAAGAUCAUUUUUUUCAUCACCACACUGCACUGGACAGCGACUCGUAAAAUGACUCGCAGUGCCCCCUUCUGUAGUUUAGGGAAAACCAGGAUUAUUUUGGAUUUCCAAACGACUUCGAUCGGAUUGAUUUGUUUCGAAGCUUAAACACGGAAUCGUUUAAAGUUAUUUCGAGCGCUUCCAACAACUCCUCUGCCUUGGCGUCGCGAGGCGUUUGAGCGCCAAUCCGCGACAAGGAAGCACGAAAGGACCCGUUAACGCGCUGGAAUAAAGGAGGAGUUUACUUGUGUGAACCCCGGUGGCCCGAUGUGCAUCUCUGUCCUGGCGGAAGCAGAGAUUAAAAACUCCUGACAGGGGCCAGAGAAGAGCGGGGGGAAAAAACAGCUCAUCAUCACUCACCUUUCUCCUUCCUAAUGCUUCCUGAGCAGGCUCUCCACGGGCCUGCCAGACAUUUUUAUAUGGCGGACGCUUGUGCAAAUUUCUCGCGAUUUGCUGGCGAGAACGGAGAGCAGUAGAAGACCCAAAUCGGAACCUAAUUCAUAUUUUCUCACAGCCAUGGAGAUGGAGUUUUUUUGGACUCUUCGUCCUAAAGGGUACUGAGAUUAACCCUCUGGACUACUGUUAUUCUAAAUUAUUCUUUUUUCUUUUUGUCCUGAAGGAUUCAGGAUUGAUUUUUUUAUUUGAAAUUUUUGUUUUUUGGGACCGCCAUCAUGCGUCAGCCGCACUGCGUGCAGGAAGUGACACCGGCGCGGAGGGGAAGUCUGGGGUCGGCGCUGACCUUCCUCUGCUGCUUCCUGCUGGCGUCGGCGGCCCGGCCCAAGGGCCCCGGCCACAACUACCUGAACUCCAUCCGCAUCGACGGGGACAUCUCGCUGGGCGGGCUGUUCCCCGUGCACGCGCGCGGCAGCGAGGGCAAGCCCUGCGGCGAGCUGAAGAAGGAGAAGGGCAUCCACCGGCUGGAGGCCAUGCUCUUCGCCCUGGACCGCAUCAACAACGACCACGAGCUGCUGCCCAACAUCACGCUGGGCGCCCGCAUCCUGGACACCUGCUCGCGCGACACCCACGCCCUGGAGCAGUCGCUCACCUUCGUCCAGGCGCUCAUCGAGCGCGACGGCUCUGACGUCAAGUGCCCCGGCGGCGGCCAGCCCGUGGUCAGCAAGCCCGAGCGGGUGGUGGGCGUCAUCGGCGCCUCCGCCAGCUCCGUCUCCAUCAUGGUGGCCAACAUCCUGCGGCUCUUCAAGAUCCCGCAGGUGAGCUACGCCUCCACGGCGCCGGAGCUGAGCGAUAACAGCCGCUACGACUUCUUCUCGCGCGUGGUGCCGCCGGACACCUACCAGGCGCAGGCCAUGCUGGACAUCGUCAAGGCGCUGGGCUGGAACUACGUCUCCACGGUGGCGUCCGAGGGCAACUACGGGGAGAGCGGCGUGGACGCCUUCAUCCAGAAGUCCCGCGAGGAGGAGGGCGUGUGCAUCGCCCAAUCGGUGAAGAUCCCGCGCGAGCCGAGGCCGGGCGAGUUCGAGAAGGUCGUCCGCCGCCUGCGGGAGAACCCGAACGCGCGGGUGGUCAUCCUGUUCGCCAGCGAGGACGACAUCAGACGGCUCCUGCAAGCAGCCAAGAAGGCCAACCAGACGGGCCAUUUCCUGUGGGUGGGGUCAGACAGCUGGGGGUCAAAAAUUUCCCCAGUGCUGCACCAGGAAGACGUGGCGGAGGGGGCAGUGACCAUCCUACCCAAACGCAUGUCCAUCAGAGGGUUCGACCGCUACUUCAUCAGCCGCACUUUGGACAACAACCGGAGGAACAUCUGGUUCGCCGAGUUCUGGGAGAACAACUUCCACUGCAAGCUGAGCCGCCACGCCCUAAAGAAGGGGUCCGGCAUCCGGAAGUGCACCAACCACGAGCGGAUCGGGAAGGACUCGUCGUACGAGCAGGAGGGGAAGGUGCAGUUUGUGAUCGACGCGGUGUACGCCAUGGCCCACGCCCUGCACCGCAUGCACAAGGAGCUGUGCCCGGGGCACGUGGGGCUCUGCCCCAAGAUGGACCCCAUCAACGGCACUGCCCUGCUCCGGUUCAUCCGCAGCACCAAGUUCUCAGGAAUCGCGGGACACCCGGUGCUCUUCAACGAAAACGGCGACGCGCCGGGCCGCUACGUGAUCUACCAGUACCAGAUCAGAAACGGCUCGACCGAAUACCGGAUCAUCGGCCACUGGGCGGACCGCCUCUCUCUGAAUGUCCAGGCGAUGCAGUGGCCCGGCGGCGUCCGGCAGGUGCCCGAGUCCAUCUGCAGCCAGCCGUGCAACCCGGGCGAGCGGAUGAAGAUCGUGAAGGGCACCCCCUGCUGCUGGCACUGCGAGCGCUGCGACGGGUACCAGUAUCUGGACAGCCCGCACACCUGCAAGCUGUGCCGCUACGACCUGCGGCCCAACCUGGACCACACGGGCUGCCUGCCCGUGCCCAUCGUCAAGCUGGAGUGGAGCUCGCCCUGGGCCGUCAUCCCCGUCCUCCUCGCCGUCCUGGGCAUCCUGGCCACCUUCUUCGUGGUGGUGACCUUCGUGCGCUACAACGACACGCCCAUCGUCAAGGCGACGGGGCGGGAGCUGAGCUACGUGCUGCUGACGGGCAUCUUCCUGUGCUACGCCACCACCUUCCUGAUGAUCCUGACGCCGGACGUGGGCGUGUGCGCCCUGCGGCGCGUCUUCCUGGGCCUGGGCAUGAGCAUCAGCUACGCCGCGCUGCUCACCAAGACCAACCGCAUCUACCGCAUCUUCGAGCAGGGCAAGGUGUCCAUCAGCGCGCCCCGCUUCAUAAGCCCCGCCUCCCAGCUGGUCAUCGCCUUCAGCCUGAUCUCCCUGCAGCUGCUGGGCGUGUGCGUCUGGUUCCUGCUGGACCCGCCGCAGGCGCUGGUGGACUACGAGGACCAGCGCACCGCCAACCCCGAGCUGGCGCAGGGCGUGCUCAAGUGCGACAUCUCGGACCUGUCGCUCAUCAGCCUGCUGGGCUACAGCAUGCUGCUGAUGGUCACCUGCACCGUCUACGCCAUCAAGACGCGCGGCGUGCCCGAGACCUUCAACGAGGCCAAGCCCAUCGGCUUCACCAUGUACACCACCUGCAUCGUCUGGCUGGCCUUCAUCCCCAUCUUCUUCGGCACCGCGCAGUCCGCCGAGAAGAUGUACAUCCAGACGGCCACGCUGACCAUCUCGGUGAGCCUGAGUGCCUCGGUGUCGCUGGGCAUGCUCUACAUGCCCAAGGUGUACGUGAUCCUGUUCCGCCCCGAGCAGAACGUGGCCAAGCGCGCCCGCAGCCUGAAGGCCGUGGUCACCGCCGCCACCAUGUCCAGCAAGCUCAACCCCAAGAGCGGCAUGCGCCCCAACGGCGAGGCCCAGACCGAGCUGUGCGACAGCCUGGAGACGCACGGUAUGCCAGCCAAGCAAACGUACAUCAGCUACAGCAACCAUGCCAUUUAGAGGAGGUGAGCCGCGUCCAAACGUGCAUGUUAAACCAGGUGUUAGGACGGUGUUUCUGCUGAAGGGCCCGGAGAUGUGGAAAGCACUAGGAAUGGGGUGAAGGGAAGAAAUACACUUAAGAGAGAGAGAGAAGAAGAAGAGAGAGAGAGGAAAAAAAAUAUAAACUGAAAUACAAUUUAAAAACUGUGAGGCGACUUUGAGGGGACUCCGCGUGGCCACGGUGUGCCUCGCAGUGCUGUAGGGAAGGGCCCUUUUUUUGUGCAGUGGCGGUAAAACGUCGACCUCGCCUCGACGGCAGUUGGACUGGCGGCCUUGUUUCCAUGGCAACCGGCAGCACCGGGCGAUCUCUUGGGGCCCGGGGAGGAGGACUUGAUCUCUCUCUCUGGAGUUCUGCGUCACUGCGUGUUUUCCUGUCCGACACGUCCUCCGCCGGAGUCCGCAGGAACUUCUGCUCUCUCUGAGGGCAACGUGCGGAAACAGGAAGUUUAAAAAAAAAAAAACCACACUAAAAAAAAAAAAGAAGAAAUAAAAAAAGAGGCAGUUUUAUUGUACGCAGUGUUGUGUUUUUUUCCAAAUGGUGUGAACCAUUAAUAGAGCUGCUUUAUAUUCUUUGCGACGGUACAGAAGGGCUGAAGAAGAGAAGAGAUCCACCCUGUUCUUCUUUUCGGUUGUUUUGGCGUUCGGGUCUAUAGUUAUUAAAUUGUGGCCAGGCUGGACGCACUUGACGUCAAAUUCAGAGUUGAUACGAUCUCAUACAUAAAUAUGCAGCAACCAUUCAGGUUAGUUUCACUGUAGUUUUUACCUUUUGUAUUGAAAUAAAGGUGGGGCUAUCAAUUACUCAGACAAAAUACAUAACGGUUUUGUUCCUACAGUAAUGCCGAUGUCAAUUUCAGCAAGCUUCUACCACACACUUAAGAUAACAAUAAAAGGGAUUAUUUAUGUUUUUGCUUCCUUGUUUAGUGGAAAAAUAUAUAUAUAACAAUGGGGAUGAUGCAAUGUGACUGUCUCUAUGGUCAUUGUUUACUGACGUUAGCAUGCCUGUCUAAAAAAAAUACAUGUCUGUACUGUGUGGUCUAAGUCUACGGAAUGAAGACUAUGGUAGAGGCUUUACAAGUGUUGUUGCUACUAGGGUCCAAGCCAAUCCCAGACUGGUCAGGGUCAGUUUGAACUCAUUUUUAUUUUUUUUGUUUUGUUUUGUUUUGUUUUUUUAAAAUAGAGAUGACUGCCACCCUGCGCUAUGAGCUAACACUGCCCCCCUGACACAACGAUCUCAGAACAGGUCAGGGCUUUAGAAACCACUCCCCUAUGCUGUCACAAUAUUCAUCUGUAAGGAUGUCAGACGUGGAAUAAUAAUAAUAAUAAUAAUAAUAAUAAUAAUAAUAAUAAUAAUAAUAAUGAUUUUGCAUAGUAUUACAUAAAUGCAUUUAUAUAUAAUUCUUUUUUUUUUCUUUUUGUUGCUAAAUUCACACAGGAAGUUAAUGAGAGGUGCAGAUACAUAACAGGGCAGUUAAUCUCAAAGCAAUUAAGUCAAUAAGAAAAGGCGAAAUGCCAGAGCUGGAGGGGUAAAACCUGCACUCAUAAAAUAAUUGUCCCUGCCAAUAAUAAUAAUCUUUUUUUUUUUAAACGGCAGGAUGAACGCAUCUCUCGCUCUAUUGGUGUCACAGGCGCGCAUAAGAAACGCCUCCUACGCGAGACUAACGCGGAAGUGUUCUGCAGCAUUGCACGAGCGCCAUACCGCUCGCAUCAUUCAUACGACGUCUCCUCCGUUUCCUCCCGUCAGUCGGCUUCUCGUGCAAAAGUCGCAAUGCUCUGUCCGAGCGAUCGCCUUCGCAAAAUUCCACGCUCCGAGACAAAAAAAAAAAAAACGGGAGAACGUCAGGGAGUAUUAGGACCAAUGGUUUCAUAUCGUACUCAAGGAAGUGCGACUGGAGAGGAGUUUUAACAUGUAAAUGUGACGAACAAACUGCUUUGAUUUCAAUGUUUAGAACUGUCCGCUCUUUGCUUUGACUAAACUGCAAGCAGGGAAAUCCAGUGUUGUUUAUUUUUAUUUUUUAAAUUUCUCCAUCUCUUAAGAAAUAUUGUGAGAUUGCUUGUGAUUGUGUGUACAAUAAUUUACUGCUUUUAAUUUUCCCUAUGUUUUAUCACUCCCAAUGUGGUCAGUGUUGCACACUAGCAUAUGUGAGUGCACACCAAAUUCAAUGGCAAGUUCAUGUACUUUAUUAAAAUGGAUUGAUGUCUGCUUUAUGUACUGAAACAUUAAAAAAGGAAAAGAAAAAUGGAAAAAAUACAGUGCCUGGAUAAUUAUGACCUAUAAAUCUAUAAAUCAUGGAAUAGAGUGUGAAGCAUGUUCAUUUUUAUACAAGAUAUUUCUAAUAAAAAAAUGUUUUGCAAUA